GCCCGCGCCGCGCGCUAGUGGAGUGCUAGCGGAGCUCGGAGCAGCAUCGUCGUGUGUGUCGCAGCUCUGUUGUGCCGCUCGACCAGCCCGUCCGCCCCUCGUGGCAGUUUAGCCGCGCACCGCCGCGACGCGCCGACUGCGUCAACUAGUGCGUCAAGCCGCACUAAGCACAGGACUCGCGGCUACCCCUGCCGGGGUCACACCUUGACCGUGGAUACUCUCACCGCUGACGCAAUGGACCAGGACAGCGAGAUCAACCUGGCCGCGCAGUGCCUGCUGGCCAUGUCGCACGGCAGCGCGUGGACCAAGAGGACCACCGCGCCCCUCGACCUGUCCAACCCGCACCCCAACGCCCAGCCCCAGAUGCACCAGUACCACCAGCACCACCACCAGCAGCAGCAGCAGCAGCAACAGCAGCAACAACAGCAGUCAACGCCGCAGCAGCAGGGGGAGGCGGGGGCGCGUGGGGACACGCUCUACAUGGUGGCGCGCAUCCUGACGGACCUCACGCGGAUCAAGCAGGAUCCCGUGGACUUGGACAGCGACCGCAGCGAGCCGGACGACUGCGACGCCCUGGUGAUCGACGAGCGCAUGGACGACUACGACGAGGACGGCCAGCAGCACGCGGAGUCCGAGGGGCUCAAGACGCAUAAGUGCGCGCAGCCCGGAUGCGGCAAGGAGUACGGCAAGAGCUCACACCUCAAGGCGCACCUGCGGACCCACACAGGUGAGGCUCAGACCGGUCGCUCGAUCCGCGCCGCCCCUCGGCCCCAGCAUGGGCCCCGCCCCACUGGCGGGGUCCCCACCGCCCCGCCCCGUCUUUUUAACAAAUCAGGAGAGCGGCCAUUCGGCUGCAGUUGGGCUGGCUGCGGCAAGAGGUUCGCGCGCUCCGACGAGUUGGCGAGGCACACCAGAACGCACACCGGCGAGAAGAACUUUGCCUGCCCCGUCUGUGACAAGAAGUUCAUGAGGAGCGACCACCUGAGCAAACACGCUCGGCGGCACCCCAACUUCGAUCCCUCCGUGCUGAGACAGCGCCGCGCUCCCACCAAGGCGUCGUCGGUCAACUCGAGCGAGGGGACGCUCUCCCUGUCGGAGGGAUCAUCCGAGUCCGCGCCCUCGCCCUAGAGAGCGACCAAGGGCUCCCCCAAGGGCCCCAGCGGCCCCAAGGGCCUCGAGGGCAGAAACGUAGGGGCUGCGGGCGAACGAUUCAAGGGUUGAAGGCGGCUGCUCGCCGGGCUGCAAGCUGGGCUGUUGAUCGGAGUCCCAGGGCAAGCUCAUCGCGACGUCUUGGGCCUGCUGCCUGCUACUGCCUUGCUGGGUGCUUGCAGUGCAGAGGGCCCGUAGGAGAGCUACGCCUUUGCAGAGCCCCCGCCAGAGCCUGGGAACUGCUAUCACGGGGAAAUAACGCCAGGUUAUACUUGGGUGUUGUUUCUUUGAUAUGUGCAUGUAUAUAGACUCCGAGGAGCGUGCUUGGUAGCGGUAACUAUGUUCUGACAGUCCGAGUACGAGGUAUAUAAAUACGCUGUCAGUCAAAGGUUACCAGUUAAUUGUGUUUUUGCGUUGUCUGUGGGGGUAGUAUCAUAUGUAGUGGUGUCAACCUACAUAGUCUGCAAGCACUCCUCUCCUAAUUUUGUUGCACGAUAUGCACAGUAAUGAUUGUUUACGAGAACUUGGAAGCGACUUACAAAGAAUGUAAGCUCGUUUGUUGUGGUGCUUUUGUAGGUGUUAAAAAAUUUACCACCUACAAAAUGAGAGGGUUCAGGGAGGUGUACUUCAGUUGUAUGAAAUAGUGAUGUAUUUUAGUCACAUGACUUACUUAGUGUUGAUUUUAGUUUCCUGACAAAUAUUUUUGUAGUUUCUCAAUUAAGGUGUGUCAUAUAAUUUAAGAUAAUCUACUGGAAGGCGUUUAAAACUGUUAGAAAUAAUGUGAACCACAUAAAGCAAACCUAGGGAACAUUAAAAUAAACUUAUGACUGUUCUGCUGGCCAAUUUUUUGGUGCAUACCUUUUGAUUGCCUUGGAAUGUUUGACUAUCGAUGAAAAUGUAAGAAAAGAUUUAUAGAAACAGGUUGUAUUUUUUUUUAUUAUGGCAAAUUUUUUGUCUUAUUUUCUUUUUUGGUAAAGAGAAUAAAAAUUUUUCCUACUCAAGUAAUAAAGAGAACUUUUCUCAUGAAUUUCACUCUAUGUAAAAUAACCAUCUCUGGGAUCAUACAGCUCCUCAUCUGAAAAGUUAGGAAGUGGUUUGCAUCUUUUAUAUAAUUCUUAUCUUUGUAGUUCUUUACUUACUGACUCUUCACAGGACUGCUCUAGGAUAUGUAAAACCUCCCUGUUCUCAAAAUAAUGAACUUGAAUCAUGUAAUGUGAAUAGUGAUCUUGCCAGUAGUUAUAAACUUUUGUACAGUUCUCCUUUUGUUAGAAUAUGUAUUGUGUAUAAACUUACCUAGCAAAGAAACUUGUGUAGAAUGGUGUAAAUUGUAGUCAGUUUAUAAACUCAAUAUGUAAUACUUGGCUGUGCAGACUUUCUUUGUGAUUGUAACUAGAUGGGAUACAGACACAGCAGAUUGGAUAUCAUGUUUCACUUGCUCUAUCUUAAACACAUAGUUAUGCAGAAAUUUACAAUAUCGUCCACUACGGCUGUGCUUACUUCUUUAAGCUAGAUCUAUGAUAAUGACCUGAUGCAGGAACUACACAAGGUCUGUCACAGGUGAAAGUAGACUACAUCCCUUUCAGAAAACAAAUUGUUGCCAGUUAAUUUUUUUCAGUGGUACCUAAAAGAAGCUGGCUACAUGAGUUUCCUAUAUUUAUUUAACUACGCACAUGUCAUUUACCUCUAUGAUAGCAGGUUCGACUUUUGUCUCUAUUCUAACAACCUUUGAAAGUUGUGUGGAUCUAAAUGAAUUUCAUAUUGAUUGUCUCUUGGAGUCAGUCACUGAGUUCUUGGGUGAAGAGGAGAAAAUUUACCCAUUGUGAAACAAAUCUCAAUUAAUGGAUUUGAUUUGUGUUGUUUGUCUGUAAUAUUUCAUAAGCCUCUUAAAUUUGUUUGGCUUUAACUACCACAAAUUAAACUUAACCAUGUAGAUUCAUUACAAUGUCGAUGUUUCUGUCCACUCAGGCAUCUUGCUUUAACAGCUGGUCUUUAUUUCAUUAUUUUCUUUUUAACAUAGGCUUCAAAAUUUGCUAUUGUGAGAUGUGGGUUUUCCUGCAAAUGAAGUCAAUAAAUAUUUGGUUCUGCUCGGAAUCAAUCCAGAAAUAAAUUUGAAUAUGGCUCCCUGUGUCAUGUUCCAAGUAAAUUUCAAGCACUGAUGGUAUAGGCAUGCCAGGAUCUUAAAUUUGGGACUUCUUUGUUUACUUGGUUGCUUUAUCCUCACUUUAAAAACGUUUUACUAACAGUUGGUUUGGUAACUUUCAUAUCUGUGAUAGCUACUACUCUAAGGCAUCAGUUACCAAAAUAUGUUGUUGUUUUUUUUAACCUUCCUUUUGCCUCCUUAAUGUUAACAGGCAAAUGUUUGAACCUUAGUUGUUUUAAUCAGAUGCAAAACGCUUUGAGAGUACUCUUUAAGUUUGGAUUUAUUUUACAAUGUUGUUCAGGUUUUCCUUUCAAUUGUAGUCUAUUUUAUAAGCCUGAGUAAUAACAUGUGCAUGUACGUACUUCAUUGUAUUCUCAGUUUUUUGACAUUCAUUGCUGAUGGAUCUUUUUAAUUAAAUUAAUGCUGUACUUAAUAAAUAUGUGCAUGUAUUUUCACAUAGAUUGGAGUGUUGUCUACGCUCAUUGUUGCCUUCUUUUGUAUAAAUCUACUCUAUAAAGUAUACUUUUGUACAAAUUUUUACAUCACUGCCUUCUUACUCUAAUCUGUUAAGUCUUCAGAAGUAGUUUUGUAGAUGUAUAAAUUUUUAACUAAGAUAACAUUUCACUGUUCUCUCUUAGUUUACUUCCAAAUGUUUUGUUUUAAUUGUAAAUAUACUAAUGGUUUACAUUUGGUGCAUUUAUCGCCAAUGUAAAUAGUAAUGGAAUUCUUCCUUACGCAAAUCCCAUUUUAAAAGGGACACUGAGAUAUUUUCGCUGCGAGUUAGAAUUGUACUGGCAGCAUAGUAGUUUAGAUGGCCUAGAUUGAUUUGCUAGGGGAACAGUGAAAUCUUCUAAACACAUGCCUGUUUAUUUAUAUUUUCAAUAUCUCUUGUAUUGUAUGUUUGUAAUGAGUGAAUUGUUUGACUUCCAUGAAGAAAUGUGGUGAAAACUUAAAGGCUGUGUUAUUUUGAUUUGAUGUGCCUUUAAGUUCUGUAAGGAAACAGAAUUAAUGUAAGGAUGCAGUGUAGUUCUUUUUUCUUUCCCAUUUUUGUUUCUAUUUCAUUUUUUACUGGUUUUAAUAGAUGUUGGAUGUAAAUUCUUGUAUCCCUCGUUCUUCAUAUCGACAAAUGAAUGAAAAUGAUGAAAAAUGAA